UUGAGUAUACAUCGUAAGGAGGCGAACGCGCGAACAAGAGGACUCCAAAAGAGGAGGAGGAGGAGGAGGAGGAGGAUGAUGGUGGUGCAGCAGGUGCUGCCACUAAAGCGCUGAUGCUGCAAGGGGGAGGCGCUCUAACCGUGCACAGGGACGCGGACUCUCGUUUGUUGUCGGCUGCAGCAUCGCCGAGGCCCGACACUCUCCUCCCUUCAACCAGCCUUCCCGUCGUCGUAUCUCGGUGCUUCGUUAUCGAUUAAGUAUCCGCUCCUGUUCGGGCCAUCGUCGCAGUCCCGUCGUGCCCCGCUGUGCGCGAGUGCGUGCACGCGAAACCAUAUAUCGGCAGCGGCAGCAGGUGGCACACGUACGUAUGUAUGUGCUGCUGCUCGGGGAAUCAGCCGAGGACGACGGGUCCCCGAUCCUCGUCAUCGACCACCACAGAGCCAAGUCGCACUAGUGCCAUAUAGACCACUGAUUACUCUUUCAAGGCUGUAGCACCCUCGGCACAACCGAGUCCAACGCUCUCAACAUGAAGCUGGAUUUCAUGGACAGAGAAAAGGGCCUGGAACUGUUUCGCAAGUUCAUACGCACGAAAAAUGUCGCCAAUCUCCAGGGCGAACAACCGAGAGCUGGGCCCGAAAAAGCCGGCUCGAAACAGAAACUACAGAAGUGCCUGACGACUCUGGACCUGACGUCCCUCGGCGUGGGAUCGUGCGUCGGGACGGGAAUGUACCUCGUCGCCGGAAUGGUGGCGCGGCGCUACGCGGGCCCCGGCGUCGUCGUCUCCUUCAUCAUAGCGGCCAUCGCAUCCAUAUUUUCCGGGGCGUGUUACGCCGAGUUCGGAGUUAGAGUGCCUCACACGACGGGCAGCGCGUACAUGUACAGUUACGUGACGGUGGGUGAACUCGUGGCUUUCAUCAUCGGCUGGAACAUGGUGCUGGAGUAUCUCAUAGGGACGAGCGCGUGUGCUUGCGCCCUCAGCGCCUGUCUCGACGCCAUGGCCAACGGUGCGCUGUCCGGGGCCAUUGCCAACACCUUUGGCACCAUUUUUGGUCGUCCACCCGACGCGAUAGCAGCUAUAAUAACCCAACUGAUGAUGCUACUGAUGGCGGCGGGUGUAAAAAAAUCCUUGGUCUUCAACAACGUCCUGAACGCCAUAAAUCUCGCGGUGUGGGUCUUCAUCAUGGCAGCCGGGAUGUUUUACAUAGACACGGACAACUGGUUCGAGCACAGGGGCUUCCUACCUUACGGCUGGAGCGGCGUUUUUACGGGCGCUGCGACGUGCUUCUACGCGUUCAUCGGCUUCGACAUAAUCGCCACGACGGGCGAGGAAGCCACGAAUCCCAAACGAAGCAUCCCCAUGGCGAUACUCUCCUCCCUCGUCAUCAUACUCGUCGCUUACGUGACGAGCAGUCUCGUUUUGACGUUGAUCGUCCCGUACGACGAGGUCGACCAAGACUCAGCGCUGGUGGAGAUGUUCGGCCAAGUCGGGGCCAACAAGUGCAAGUUCGUCGUGGCCAUCGGAGCUCUCGCCGGUCUGAGCGUCUCCAUGUUCGGCAGCAUGUUCCCCAUGCCGAGAAUAGUCUACGCAAUGGCCCAGGAUGGCCUCAUCUUCCGUCAGCUCAGCCAAGUGUUUCCCCUGACGGGUACCCCGGUCCUGGCUACCCUGACCUCGGGUGUGGCCGCAGCCUUGGCCGCGCUUCUCAUCCAGCUGGAGGUCCUCGUCGAGAUGAUGUCUAUUGGUACCUUGCUCGCGUACACCCUCGUCUCGACGUGCGUGCUGAUCCUGCGCUAUCAGCCCCACUCGACGAACCUCGUGGAGCUGCUGCCCCAGAGUCUGCGCACACCCACGAGGGACGGCCCGGGUCAGAGCAAGGGGCCUACCGGGGCCUCGGCAAAGUCGGAGCUGCGACCGGAUCAGCUGCUCGGUGGGGCGGUCCUUGGCCAGGAGCACCUGGGCGGGGGCGUCGGUAGCGACGGGCAGCGGAUCAUGGUGCGCCGGGUGCGUCGGGCCAACAGCUCGUCGCCGGACUCGGACGAUACGUACGGAGGCGACGAUGAGGACGACAUUGGCCUGGUCAAGGACGACCAGUACCUCGUGAGCGAUCGCACGGAGAACAAGUUUUACGGGACCGUGCACGCAGCGUCCGGGGGCUACGCGAGUGCCCAUCAGUACACCGGGGACACGCCCAUCAUCGGGCCGCCGCUCAGUUACCUGCAGCGUAGACUGGAGGCGGCCCAGUACCUGUGCCCGGCUCUCUUCCCGUGGGUCGAUCGGGGACCGGCAACGGAGCAAUCGGGUCGAUACGUUAUGAAGCUCGUGGGCAUUUUGUAUCUCCUCAUUUUGGUAUUCGACCUGAUCAUCGUAUGCGCCAUGGGUAACAUGGGUGGUUUCACGAAAUUUUUGCUGUUUCUUUUCUUCGUGGCGAUCAUCGGUGUUCUCCUGGCAAUAAGUAGAAAGCCUCAAAACAGGAACACCCUGAUGUUCAUGACUCCUGGACUACCAUUUGUCCCGGCCAUCGCCGUUACCGUCAACAUAUACCUCAUCUUCAAGCUGAGCAUCCUCACCCUCGUCAGAUUCACCGUGUGGAUGACCCUUGGCUUCAUAAUGUACUUCCGGUACGGGAUAAAGCACAGCAGUCUAGAGGAGAGUAACGAGGAACCAGCACCCGACGAGUCAGUCGGGGUGGACAACAUCGAGCUGAGGGUGACGGAACCAGCGAAGCCGACCCAGAUCUCAUCGCCGUACGCCCACUCGGACCGCAGCAUCUACGAGACGGAUCAGCUGGACGCGUUCGGACAGCCGGUUUUUGGCAGCACCAGCUUCGGGGGUGGCAUGCAAACCCGCUCGACGGCUCAGUCCAACCCCAUGUUCAUGGCCCAGGACAACUUCCCCACCUGGGACGACUGAAUCGCCAGCCCCCCACAGCUUCCAAAUGCGUUUGUUUCUUUUUUUUACCAUCCACAGCUCUCGUGUUGUACAAGUACCAUUAUUUCUUUGUUUACUACAGCAUCGUCGACUCACACAUUACGAUGUUCGUUACGGUACAAUCUAAAUCUUCAACCAGUGGUUUCUUAACUCUAUAUAACAACUCGUUAGCGUUUGAUUUUUCUUUUUCUUUUUUUUUUUUUUUUUACGUAACCAUAAGCAUAAUUAUACAUAUUUAAGCCAAUCGAAACAAAGGAGAUAUUAUGGUGCAGUAGAUCGUGUACUGAUACCACACAUAUAUAAUAUUAUACUACACCGCUAUCGCUGCUACAAGCAGUAUAUUAUACUAUAUAUACUAUACAACUUCUGGCUCGUACAAAUGCUAUUUAUAAUUUUUAUCGACUGACAAAUCGCAAACAGCAAUACUUCAUGUCCUUUCGAAGGAAAAUGCUGAUAUACUUACACACAUUGCUGCGCUGUCCACGUUGUCAGUAUUAUUACAUGUGAUGUAUGAUUAACAUACACUUUUUGCAGUUUACGUUUUAAAUUAAGUCUACAAGUUUUUGUUUUCAAACAAAUAAUGAUUCAUUAUAAUUAUUAAUGAUGGUUGAAAAUUGAAAAUUUUAACGAAGUAUAUACAAAUACACAAAUAUAAUAUCGACUGUGCUACAAACACAUAUCACGAAUAAAAUUAUUACAAUCGUACUGGAUAAGGAUCGAAGAACUGAAAAAAAAAGAAAAAACUGAUCAUAUCGGAAUUUUUUGCCCGACUUGUACUGUAGUUAUUUUGAUGCAUAUUCUGAUACUCCUGAUAUUUAUUAUUAAUGUCUACACUGUGUAAACACAUUUGUUACUUCGCGUUUAAUGUUUGAACAGUAUAUACAUAGUCAUUAAUUUCAUCAUUAUCACACGUAGUUUUCACCCUUUUUUCUAUUCGUACUACAAAUAUACACUAUUGUACGUCAACACAUAUCGCAAGCAUGACUUACUUAUUUUUAUUACUUCUGUAGUACUUUUCUGUACAAUUGUUUACUGGUUUCUAGUUCCUUAUUUAGCACACUUUAGUUUUAAAACUAAAUUUUUUAUACGAAAUUUGUGAAAAUUACGACAACUUUGGUUUAUAAUUAUCGAAUGACGUAAUUUUUAUACGAAAAGAAAUUUUAUUGUGCGGCCAACACUAAAAUUUUUUUUACUCAAUAUUAUCUAUUAAAUACA